ACCCCGGGCGCGCGGAGCCAGGACGGUGACAGCCACGCGCGCACGUGCGCGCCCGGCUGCAGCGCGGCCCCGAGACCUCAGUCUGCCGCUGAGAGGCGCGCGGGAUCUUCGCCCCAGCCGUCUAGGGCCCCAUUCCCAGGUGACCCCAGCGUCCCGGCCCGAGUCCCGGACGGUUCCACCCCAUCGGUCCCCGUUCGCGUUCCCUCCCCACGGCCGUCAGGGCCCGCCCCGCAACUCCCCCUUUUGGCUCCCGGGGCAGGGUCCUCGCGGCCCAUGCUGGCCGCCGUGGGCCCGCGCCGCCCAAACGGUUCCCGGGCCUGCCUGCCGGCCACGAUGGUGACCCUGAGGCCUGAGCAGCUCCUCCAGGGGGGCUAACAGUCCCAGAGCGCAGGCCUCGGGUCGCGAGGGUCCCAGGCCUGAGCCCCGCACCAUGGCCGGGGCCAUCGCUUCCCGCAUGAGCUUCAGCUCGCUCAAGAGGAAGCAGCCCAAGACGUUCACCGUGCGGAUCGUCACCAUGGACGCCGAGAUGGAGUUUAAUUGCGAGAUGAAGUGGAAAGGGAAGGACCUGUUCGAUUUGGUGUGCCGGACCCUGGGGCUUCGGGAAACCUGGUUCUUUGGACUGCAGUACACAAUCAAGGACACCGUGGCCUGGCUCAAAAUGGACAAGAAGGUGCUGGAUCAUGAUGUCUCAAAGGAAGAGCCAGUUACCUUUCAUUUCCUGGCCAAGUUUUAUCCUGAGAAUGCCGAGGAGGAGCUGGUCCAGGAGAUCACGCAACAUUUAUUCUUCUUGCAGGUAAAGAAGCAGAUCUUAGAUGAAAAGAUCUACUGCCCUCCUGAGGCUUCUGUGCUGCUGGCUUCUUACGCUGUCCAGGCCAAGUAUGGUGACUACGACCCCUCUGUUCACAAGCGGGGAUUUUUGGCCCAAGAGGAAUUGCUUCCAAAAAGGGUAAUAAAUCUAUACCAAAUGACUCCAGAAAUGUGGGAGGAGAGAAUUACAGCCUGGUACGCAGAGCACCGGGGCCGAGCCAGGGACGAAGCUGAAAUGGAAUAUUUGAAGAUAGCUCAGGACCUGGAGAUGUAUGGCGUGAACUACUUUGCAAUCCGGAAUAAAAAGGGCACAGAGCUGCUGCUUGGAGUAGAUGCCCUGGGGCUUCACAUCUAUGACCCUGAGAACAGACUGACCCCCAAGAUCUCUUUCCCGUGGAAUGAAAUCCGAAACAUCUCGUACAGCGACAAGGAGUUCACUAUUAAACCAUUGGAUAAGAAAAUCGAUGUCUUCAAGUUUAACUCCUCAAAGCUUCGUGUUAAUAAGCUGAUUCUCCAGCUGUGUAUUGGGAACCAUGACCUGUUUAUGAGGAGGAGGAAGGCCGAUUCUUUGGAAGUUCAACAGAUGAAAGCCCAGGCCAGGGAGGAGAAAGCCAGGAAACAGAUGGAGCGGCAGCGCCUUGCCCGAGAGAAGCAGAUGAGGGAGGAGGCUGAGCGCACGAGGGAUGAGUUGGAGAGGAGGCUGCUGCAGAUGAAAGAAGAAGCAACAAUGGCCAACGAAGCACUGAUGCGCUCUGAGGAGACAGCUGAUCUACUGGCGGAAAAGGCCCAGAUCACUGAGGAGGAGGCAAAACUCCUGGCACAGAAGGCUGCAGAGGCUGAGCAGGAAAUGCAGCGCAUCAAGGCCACCGCCAUUCGGACAGAGGAAGAGAAGCGCCUGAUGGAGCAGAAGGUGCUGGAGGCCGAGGUGCUGGCGCUGAAGAUGGCUGAGGAGUCAGAGAGGAGGGCCAAGGAGGCUGAUCAGCUGAAGCAGGACCUGCAAGAAGCCCGGGAGGCAGAGCGAAGAGCCAAGGCAAAGCUCCUGGAAAUCACCACCAAGCCCACGUACCCGCCCAUGAACCCAAUUCCAGCACCAUUGCCUCCUGACAUAUCAAGCUUCAACCUCAUUGGUGACAGCCUGUCUUUCGACUUCAAGGAUACUGAUAUGAAGCGACUGUCCAUGGAAAUAGAGAAAGAAAAAGUGGAGUAUAUGGAGAAGAGCAAGCAUCUGCAGGAGCAGCUCAAUGAACUCAAGACUGAGAUCGAGGCCUUGAAACUCAAAGAGAGGGAGACAGCCUUGGAUAUUCUGCACAAUGAGAACUCUGACCGGGGUGGCACCAGCAGCAAACACAAUACCAUUAAAAAGCCUCAAGCCCAAGGCAGAAGACCUAUCUGCAUUUGAGCCCUCAAACUCACCUUGCAGAGCGCCAAGUCCCGAGUGGCCUUCUUUGAAGAGCUCUAGCAGGUGACUCAGCCACCCCAGGAUCUACCACUUCUGCUGCUCCUGGCUCUGGCAGGAUGGGUCAGACACCGUGGGAGCCAUCUUAGGCGGACUGGCUGGGAGCUUUCGUGGGAGCUCUGGAACUCUCCCCCCUGAGUGGAGAGCCCAACCCCCUUCAUGUGCAAUUGCCUUGAACUGUGACCCUGCAGAGAUUUCUCUCAUGGGGUUCUAGUUCUCCUGACCUAAGUCUUUAAAUUUCUUCAGAAGUAUUUGUCUUUCCUUGUCUAAUGUGUGACCCCAUACUUCCUUCGUCAAAGGCACCCUGGCGGGGGGGGGGGUUGUCUUACUGUCCAGUGCUGACCCCCCAGCCCAGGCUGGGAAGCAGUUGUACGGAGUGAAGUGCACAGGCCUCUGGAGGCCAGGAGGCUGGUGCCACCACCCAGAGUGGCAAACCAGAGUCCAAGGGUCAGGUGGGAGCCACUGGCCCUUUUCACCCCCCUUCAUCCUUAGCCUCUCCUGCUGUGUUGGGCUGGGGGACCCCCUUGACAUGCUUUAGUCAGCACCUGGUAGCUCAGUCAUGACUGGGGGCCUCUGUAGGGCUCUGGGGCCCAAACACUGAGCUCCACUGGCCCCAGCCUGCCUUGCUGAUAUGAAUCACCUUUCUCCUGGCCGGCUGCCAGCAAGCCCCUCCUGACCCAUUGUACCUGGGCCCCCUUUUGAGGCUGCCCUCAUUCCCCAGAGGACCCUUCAUUUUCUAUUCCCUUGUGGGCCAUAUGGGGUCCCUUUGUGCCCCUCCCAGUGUGAGCCGGCACACAACUACCCACCCACCCGUGCCUGCAGCAGGCCAUAGACCACCCUGUGGCCCACGCUGCCGCCACUUUCCUGCUCUUUCUUUUCUCCGGGGCUUGGUAGCCCUGCUGUGACUCACUGGGCCAUUCAGAUCCUUCCAAUGGGGCUGUUAUGCAGAGCAGGUGAUAAGCCUUAACCAGUAAAAAGGCAUUUAUUCAGUGAAGCCGUGUGAGGGCCUAGAGAUAUUCUGAGAGCACAGUGGCCUCCGACAAUCCAUUGUGAUUUGAGAAGCUGAGCAGCUCACAGAGAGCCUGCCUGUUUUCUACUUUCAGGCUGACCUAACGGUGUCCCUAGCUGGCUGCCAUUUUCUUGGGCCACCUUGCCCCAAGGAAGCCAACCCUGUGUGUCACCCCGCCCCUUAGGACACACAGGGUGGGAUUUUGCAUCUGGACACUAAGUGUGGAUGGCACAGAGUUCUCCCUGUCCCUCAAAAGGUCUCUUCUCCGGAGACAUGGGGGGAGUCCUCUCACUUUUGUAAUGUAGGGUCUGGUUUUUGUGUUGAGGCUCUGUCUCCUCAGGUGCACCACCCAUCCCUGAAUUUCCAGGAGAGUUACUUUCCUCCUGACCUGUAAAUUUAAUCCUUCACAGUUGCUGUGGGCAUAGGAGCAUGGUGGUGGUUUAUAAAAACAUUGUCCAGCUUUUUAAUAUUAUUAUUUAACUGCCGUGUGUAUGUCUGAAGUUUGGGAAAUGCCAAGCUCUGUGGCCAUAAGGGAGCUGGACUGUGCCAGAGCUGCGGCAGGAGCCCCCUUGGGCCUGGGGAGCAGCCUCGGGAGGCCAGCAGAGCCCUGCUCAGCCAGGAACAGCUGGGUUCUCGGCAGGUGGGGGCUGGUGGGCACCUCCGAAGAUGGAUGGGCGGAGAGGGUGGCGGCCCUCAGAAAGGUCUUGAGCCCCAGUAGAAGGAGAAAGAUUGAAAGAGGAGCUUGGUUUUUCAGAAAUGUGUGCCUGUGUUUUUUAAAGUGAACAUUUUUAGGGCUGGGAGUUUAUCAAAUAAGGAAGCCUCUCACCUCCGCUGAGAGCACGGCUCUGGCCAUGAUUAUUUCAUUACGAGCACUUGUGAGGGUUCUUGGGCAUACUCACCAUUCAUGAAGUCACUAACCAGCUGUGACCUGCCGUGAGGCUGCACUGUCAACCCUUAGCUCUUCCACUCAGACCACCUCGAGGGUUCGUUCAUCCUGAUUGAGGCCUCGCCUCAGUCACAGCCACGCUCUGACCUGUGCUAUUGACUCAAUUAUUCAUGUACCCACCAGGCCCCACUAGACAACACCCUGUGGCAUUACAUAACGCUUCUUAAGUGACUGUGUUUUGUGAUCUUGGGUGCAGGUUUCUCUCUCUCUCUUUCAAGUCAAAACAGCAAGUCCAGAGGCUGACAACCGUGGACAGUGACGAAGUGUUGCUUGCUGACAGUGCCGGAGCUUCAUAGCCCCUAGAGAGGGUGACCUUGGCAGGGAGGCAGCCCUGGGGCCAGGCUGUGGGCUUCCAGGGAGGCUCCAUCCCUUUUCAAAGACAUCAAGCCCCACUUCCUGUGGGGCCUGAGUUUCGACACCUGUCAGGGCCAGACCCUGGGAGACUAUUUUCUGUUUUGGGGGAUUGUUGUAAUUUAAAUGAUUGUUUUAAUAAAAAUUCUAAGCUGUAAAAA